AUCAAAACAAUGUCGAUACUCCGGCCGAACAACGACCUCGAGGUUCCCCUCGGAUCCAUCAUUCUCGUGACUGGAGUCUCAGGCAUGAUUGCCAUCCAUGUCGCGGAUGAGGCUCUGAAGGCAGGAUUUCGCGUGCGUGGGACUGUGAGGUCAAAGCAGAAAGGGGAAGAAACUGCAAAGCUUCUCAACUCGCCAAAUUUCGAGUUUGCCGUUGUCCAAGAUAUGGCGGCCGAGGGGGCAUUCGAUGAGGUCAUUAAGGGCGUCUCCGCCGCCAUCCAUUGUGCAUCCAUUGUGUCCUUUUCCGGCAUCAUCGACGAGGUGAUUAGUCCAACCAUCAAAGGAACCACAAACAUCCUCGAGGCCGCUCUCGAGACUCCAAGCGUGAAGAGUGUGGUUUUGACCUCGACCAGCGGUGCGGCGUCGGGUCCUCGGCCGGGCGUCAAGUUUCACAUUGGCCGCAACACCUGGAACCAAGCCGCUGUAGACGUAGUGAAGAACACGCCGCCGGAGAAGCGCGCGGAGAUGGGCUUUGAAUGGGGUUACUUGGUCUACGUCGUAUCUAAGAUAGAAGCCGAGCGGGCCGCGUGGGACUUCAUAGAGCAGAGGAAGCCUCCCUUCAGGGUCAACGUGAUCAACCCGGCCAUGAACUGGGGCAAGGUCAUGGGCUCCAUGGGCAUCAGCGGAGGCCAAGUGAUGAGCGUCUUGGAUGGAAAUGUUCCACCCAUCCCUUCCGUGUACAUGGCGGAUACCAUCGAUGAUGCUCGAAUUCACGUUGCAGCUGCCAUUGACGCCACGGUGGCUAGCGAGAGGAUUUUUGUUUGCGAUUCUCCUUUCAACUGGAGACUCGUCAUUGAGACUUUGCAAAAGGCGUUGCCCGAUGCGCAGCUCCCUGCCCCCGACCCGAACGAGCUGUUGGAUAUCAGCACCAUUGACAACGCCCUUGGCGCUAAACUUUUGAACAGGUGGUGGGGACAGCCUGGUUACAAGGGCUUGGAGAGGACCAUUCGGGAAACGUUGGAAAUGUGCCUAGAAAAAAGGAAUGGGCAUUACAAGCGGCGGCCCCUUGAUCAUUGA